AUGAGGAUCUGGGCCCCGUCCCCACUGGAUGGCCUGUUUGCACUCCGGGCCCUGGAGUCUCCGCUAGCAGUUCUCUGGUUUGUCCUGCAGAACGUGGCUCUUCUGGAGGAGGAGGCAGACAUCAACCAGCUGACGGAGUUCUUCUCCUACGAGCACUUCUACGUCAUCUACUGCAAGUUCUGGGAGCUGGACACGGACCACGACCUGCUCAUCGACGCACAGGACCUGGCCCGGCACAACGACCAUGCUAUUUCCACCAAGAUGAUCGACCGGAUCUUCUCCGGAGCCGUGACGCGAGGGAAAAAAGUGCAGAAGGAAGGAAAACUCAGCUACGCGGACUUUGUGUGGUUUCUGAUCUCCGAGGAGGACAAGAAGACUCCCACCAGCAUCGAGUACUGGUUCCGCUGCAUGGACUUGGACGGGGACGGGGCGCUGUCCAUGUUCGAGCUGGAGUACUUCUACGAGGAGCAGUGCCGGCGCCUGGACAGCAUGGCCAUCGAGGCCCUGCCCUUCGAGGACUGCCUCUGCCAGAUGCUGGACCUGGUGAAGCCCCAGAGGGAAGGGAGGAUCACGCUGCAAGACCUGAAGCGCUGCAAGUUGGCCAACGUGUUCUUCGACACCUUCUUCAACAUCGAGAAGUACCUGGACCACGAGCAGAAAGAGCAGGUGUCCCUGCUCAGGGAGAGCGAGAGCGAGGGCCCCGAGUUGUCUGACUGGGAGCGCUUCGCCGCCGAGGAGUACGAUAUCCUGGUGGCCGAGGAGGCCGCAGGGGACCCCUGGGAGGACGGGUACGAGGCCGAGCUCAGCCCCGUGGAGCAGAAGCUCAGCGCCCUGAGGUCCCCGCUGGCUCAGAGGCCCUUCCUGGAGGCGCCGGGCGGCCUGGGCGCCGUCGACCUCUACGAGUUCGAGGGUGGGGACGACGACCUGCCGCGCUCGUGA